AUGAGCUUUUCCACUAUAAAUAGCAACGUUAACAAAACUGCUGGUGAUAAUAAUAAUAAUAAUACAACCGAGAAUAGUUCGACUACAGAUCUUUUAGGAAUGGAUCUGUUGCAGAACGGAUCUCGACUGAUGAGCACAAUACAGCCAAAUAAUUCUUCUGACAUGGUGCACAUGAACAAUAAGACUAAUGAUGCUCCACCAUCAGGAGCAAACGUCAAUAGCGGUAGUACCAAUCCAGGUUCAAAGGCACCCGCAAAUGAAUUUGUUAGGAAGCUUUUCCGGAUACUGGAAAACAACGAGUAUCCUGACAUCGUAACUUGGACUGAGAAUGGCAAAAGCUUUGUCGUUUUGGACACAGGAAAGUUCACUACGCAUAUAUUGCCCAAUCAUUUCAAGCAUUCAAAUUUUGCUUCCUUUGUGAGGCAAUUAAAUAAGUACGACUUCCACAAAGUUAAGAGGAGCCCUGAAGAAAGACAAAAAUGUAAGUAUGGAGAACAAAGUUGGGAAUUCCAGCAUCCAGAAUUUAGAGUCCACUACGGAAAAGGUCUAGAUAACAUCAAGAGGAAAAUUCCGGCACAAAGGAAAGUACUGUUGGACGAGUCGCAAAAGGCUCUUUUGCAUUUCAAUAGUGAAGGUGCCAAUCCAAACAACCUCUCAGGAUCCCUCUUGAAUGAAUCAACCACAGAACUUUUAUUAAGCAAUACGGUAAGUAAAGACGCCUUUGGAAAUUUAAGAAGGCGAGUAGACAAGCUGCAAAAGGAGCUGGAUAUGUCCAAAAUGGAGAGUUAUGCCACUAAGGUAGAGUUACAGAAAUUGAAUUCGAAAUAUAAUACAGUUAUUGAAAGCUUAAUAACAUUCAAAACAAUAAACGAAAAUUUGCUCAACAACUUCAAUACUUUAUGUUCCACUCUGGCAAAUAACGGUAUUGAAGUUCCAAUAUUUGGUGACAAUGGAAAUCAAAAUUCAGCUGGUAAUGCUAAUAAUCGAAUGAGUACCGCAGCCAUUCACAGUAAUAACAAUACCAACAAUGCGUCUCCAGCCGCAUCUACAGUGUCGUUACAACUUCCCAAUUUGCCUGAUGAGAAUAGUUUAACACCAAAUGCUCAAGGAACCACAGUCACACUACGAAAAGGUUUCCAUGUACUAUUGGUAGAAGAUGAUGCUGUGUCUAUACAACUAUGCUCAAAAUUCUUACGCAAAUAUGGCUGCACUGUUCAAGUUGUUACUGAUGGUCUUUCAGCUAUUUCAACGCUAGAAAAAUUCAGGUAUGAUUUGGUUUUAAUGGACAUUGUCAUGCCUAAUCUAGAUGGUGCUACAGCAACAUCUAUUGUCAGAAGUUUUGAUAACGAAACACCUAUCAUCGCUAUGACCGGUAACAUUAUGAAUCAAGAUUUGAUUACAUAUUUACAGCAUGGUAUGAACGAUAUAUUGGCCAAGCCAUUCACGAGGGAUGAUUUACAUUCGAUUUUAAUACGUUACCUGAAGGACCGUAUUCCUUUAUGUGAGCAGCAAUUACCACCUCGUAAUUCUUCACCCCAAACACAUUCUAACCCGAACACUGCCAAUUCGAAUCCUAACACAAUAAAUGAACAGUCAUUAGCUAUGUUACCACAAGAAAAUUCGUCAACUACAACUCCUGUUACUCCAGGUGCUUCUAUAUCAUCUGCGCAGCACGUUCAACAAGGUCAACAAGAACAGCAACACCAGCUUUUCCAUGCUCAACAGCACCAGCAACAACAUCAAAAUUCGGUUGCUAAUGCUAGACCAGACGUACCCAUCCCGAACUUAGAACAUGAAAUCAACACUGUGCCACAUUCAUCCAUGGGCUCUACCCCACAGUUACCACAACCUACACUACAAGAAAACCAACUAUCGUAA